AUGCAGAGUGCAGCGACAGGAGAACCAGGUCUGUGAUAAUGUUCCGGAGAACCGAUCUGCUGCAGAAAAGACAUGAGGAGGCCUGGCCAUGUUCUCGCAGCAGCCCCAGGACCUGGUGGUGGUGGCUGGCCAGCCAGUCACCUUGCCUUGCUCCAUCCCCGGUUACCAUGGCGUCGUGCUCUGGAUCAAGGACGGGCUUGCUCUGGGUGUCGGCCGAGACCUCUCAGGCUACCCUCGUUACUCGGUGAUCGGAGACCACGGAUCUGGAGAGCACCACCUCCGCAUCCAGCGGGUGGAGCUGAUGGAUGACGCGGUCUUUGAGUGCCAAGCCAUACAAGCCGCCAUGAGGUCGAGGCCCGCCCGUCUCACUGUGCUUGUUCCUCCUGAGGACCCGGUGAUAAGCGGCGGCCCUGUGGUGAGCUUGCGUGCGGGCGAUCCGCUUAACCUGACUUGCCACGCCGACAACGCCAAACCCGCGGCCUCCAUCAUCUGGAUCCGCAACGGGGAGGUCCUUAACGGGGCCAUGUACUCCAAGACUCUUCGGGACGGGCGAAGGGAGAGCACCAUCAGCACCCUCUACAUAUCCGCCGCCAACAUCGAGAGUGGCCAGCAGAUCAUCUGCAGGGCCUCCAACAAGGCGGUCCCCAACGGCAAGGAGACCAGUGUCACCAUCGACAUCCAGCACCUGCCUUUGGUGAACCUCACCGUGGAGCCUCAGCCUAUCCUGGAAGGGAACAUAGUCAAGUUUCACUGCGCAGCAAAGGCCAACCCGCCAGUGAUGCAGUACAGGUGGGCUAAGGGUGGCAGUGUGAUCAAGGAAGUUACCGGCGACAUCUAUGAGGUCAUCGUGGACCACACGUUCUUUACUGAGCCCGUCUCCUGCGAGGUCACCAACCCACUGGGCAUCACCAAUGUCAGCAGAUGUGUGGACGUCUACUUUGGUCCACGUUUGGCCGCUGAGCCGCAGUCACUGCAGGUGGACCAGGGUUCGGAUGCAAUUUUCAACUGUGCCUGGACUGGCAACCCGUCGCUGACCAUCGUGUGGAUGAAACGAGGCUCUGGAGUGGUGCUGAGCAAUGAGAACAUCCUGACCCUCAAGGCCGUCAGACAAGAGGAUGCUGGGAAAUAUGUGUGCCGUGCUGUGGUCCCUCGGGUGGGCGCGGGGGAGAAGGAGGUUUCACUCACGGUAAAUGGACCACCCACCAUCUCCAGCACGCAGACGCAGCAGGCCCUACAUGGGGAGAAGGGCCAGAUCAAGUGCUUCAUCCGCAGCACCCCCCCUCCAGACCGCAUCGCUUGGUCCUGGAAGGAGACGGUCUUGGAGUCUGGCACGUCGGGCCGCUACACGGUGGAGACGGUGAACACGGAGGAGGGUGUGAUCUCCACCCUCACCAUGAGCAACAUCGUGCCCGCCGACUUCCAGACCAUCUACAACUGCACAGCCUGGAACAGCUUCGGCUCAGACACGGAGAUCAUCCGCCUCAAGGAACAAGGUGCGAGCCAAGAAUCCAUUCCGGUGGCUGUCAUCAUUGGCGUGGCUGUGGGAGCGUUUGUCGCCUUCAUCGUCCUUCUGGGCACCAUUGGGGCAUUCUGCUGUACCCGUUCCCAGCGCAAUAAGCCUACCUGUCCUCUCAGAUACUUCCGGUGUCCGUACCGGGCUUCAGAAGACGCUCACCUGGUUAUGUCCUCUGUGCCCGUCUCCAUCUGUGCUCACCAGAGAGAACAUGCCAGCAAAAAUAAUACAGAAAAUCUUAAGGGAGUGGUAUCAGCUAAGAACGACAUCCGUGUGGAGAUCGUUCACAAGGAGCACAACACAGCCCGGGAGAAUGAGGAGCACGCCACUAUCAAGCAGCUAAUGAUCGAACGCGGAGAGUUCCAGCAGGAGUCGGUGCUGAAACAGCUGGAGGUGCUACCAGAGGAGGAGAAGGAGUACCAGCACAUCAAGGACCCGACGAAUGGCUACUACAGCGUAAACACCUUCAAGGAGCACCACUCUACCCCCACCAUAACCCUGGCAGGGAACCAGACCACUGAGAUGCGGAACGUCAACAGUGCCACCACGGGAAAACAGAGGGUACCCACUGGAAUGUCCUUCACUAACAUCUACUCCACAUUGGGUGCCGGCCCCAACCGUCUCUAUGAUUACAGCCAACGGUUCGUCCUGGGUGUGGGAAGCAGCUCCAUCGAGCUGUGCGAGCGGGAAUUUCAGAGGGGCUCACUCAGCGACUCCAGUUCCUUUCUGGACACGCAGUGUGACAGCGGCAUCAGCAGUUACUGCAAGCAGGACAGCUACGUGCAGUUUGACAAGGAUAGCAAGACCUCAGCCUCCUCAUCCUCACACUACUCGCAGUCCUCCUCCCAGAACUCUGAUCUCACGCGGCCACUGCAGAAACGCAUGCAGACCCACGUGUAGCCCCCACCUCCACCCCAGGACAGCAGGGGGCGCCAGAGGGCCAUAAGACCAGGAAGAAAUUCCUGUAGGCUGGACAGUGGGACCCAUACCCAAGCACAGUUCUUAAGCCUGUGUGUGCCUGUGGGUUUGGAGCCAUUGAGUUCAUAAUUCGGGCAUCUUCAAAUAUUUUUCUGCUGCAGCGCACUUGAUGAGGCCAUCUUUGGUGUGGCGACGGACCACAUAAAUGCUUACAUUCCAUGACAAUGUGAUUCUGUGACAGAUAAUCAACACAAUUCAAAUGGCUAACCCAACGGUGGAGUAGGUUGGUUUGUCAAACAAAAAGAAAAACCUUGUUGCUCUCUGCAGCAGAAUAUCAUGGUUUCACUGAAUCCUAAAAGUAUGACAAUCGAGAGAUAAUGUCUAGUGAGAUGAAAUCACUCAGUAUUAUGGUCUGUCUGUAUUUAUUCCAGCUCUCAAACCUCUCCAUUGUACCUUGUAAAAGAGUCUAUCUCUCUUGAAUAUCUAAGCACAAAAGUGUUUGUGAAUUGUCGAUACAUCUCAUUUUCCCAGAAAGAAGACUUCUGGUUUGACUCGCCGGAGUGGGCAGAAUCAAACCGCGAACGUUCGGCACGCAAACCUUGCCUAGAGACUUUCCAAAUGAAUAAAUAACAGUUCUCUGUUUUCACGGUUCCAAUUCUCAGAGUCCCUGAGAUAAGGACGAGGGAGAUUUCCGCCGGAAAAAUAAAGCACUGUUUUGCAGUUGCCACUCGGAGAUAAAGAAACUUCCAUAUGCAUCCCUCGUCUCUUUUCCGAUUCAAUUCACUCUUCUUUUAUUUUUAUUUGCCUUUUUUUAGAAUUUUACCAGAAAAUUAUAUGACAUUUUGCUGUGUUUUUUUUUUUUCUUUUUGCCUUGAGUUGGGACUAUUCACAUGCAAUUCUCAAGGUGCAGAAAUGGACGAGGGGUGCGAGCGGGGAGUUUGUGGAUACCCCCCCUACAGUAAAAAGAUGCAACCCACCCACGCGGCAUGUUACACCCCAGCAUGGAGUUCUUCCGGGAGCAGGUGGAGCCAUAGAGUCAGACCUCUGGUAAACUAUCGUGUGUACUUACCCAUGGAACGUGAAUUCUGUUUCAAACUCCUGUGGGUCAUUAGACGUGUCUGCAGUGUACCCGUGUUAGCGAACCUUCAUGUCACGUGGCUUCCCUCAUGUAUAGUCAGCCAUGUUGUUUACACUGGAGCUCUGUAAAUCCAGCAUUUUUACCUACUGUGAUGAAUGGAAGAAUGGAUGGAAAUACGUGUAUAUAUCUAUA